AUGACAAAUCGUCAAACUUCUGUAAAAAUGGAGGAUCAAUCGAAACUUUUAGAAGAAGCUUCGAACGUUGUUAAAGUUCAAGCAUUUCAAAUGAAAAAAUGCUUGGAUAAUAGCAAACUCAUGGACGGUUUAAAACAUUGCUCAACGAUGUUGGCUGAGCUUCGUACAUCUGCUUUAACUCCAAAAAACUAUUAUGAACUCUAUAUGGCAAUUUUUGACGCUCUCCGGCACCUAACAACUUAUCUCAAUGACGCACAUAAUUCUGGAAAGCAUCACCUUGCUGAUCUUUAUGAGUUGGUUCAAUACGCGGGAAAUAUCAUUCCACGUUUAUAUCUCAUGAUUACUGUCGGUAGUGUAUAUAUGUCACAAAAGGACGCUCCCGUGAAAGAAAUCAUGAAGGAUAUGAUGGAGAUGUCUCGUGGUGUACAACACCCAACGCGCGGGCUAUUCUUGAGACAUUAUUUGAGUGGAAUGACCAGGGAUUCAUUACCAAUUGGAAUUGAUAAUGGCCCUCAAGGAAACCUUCAAGAUUCAAUUUCUUUUAUUAUCACUAAUUUUAUUGAGAUGAACAAGCUUUGGGUACGCUUGCAACAUCAAGGUCACUCGCGGGACCGAGAAAAACGUGAGAUGGAACGAAAAGAACUUAGAAUUUUGGUUGGAACAAAUUUAGUUCGAUUAAGUCAGUUGGAAGGCGUUGAUUUGCUGCUAUACGAGAAGACUAUACUGCCGGCUAUUUUAGAACAAGUUAUUAAUUGUAAAGACGUUAUCGCGCAAGAGUAUUUAAUGGAAGUGAUCAUUCAGGUGUUCCAUGAUGAUUUCCAUCUUCGUACACUUGGACCAUAUUUGUCAGCCACAGCACAGCUUCAUCCAAAAGUUAAUGUUAAGCAAGUCGUAAUUGCACUUAUAGAUCGUCUAGCUGCAUAUGCUGCUCGUGAAGCCGAUUCUGAACCACCUGAAGUAAUUAAGCGUCAGGAGGAAGAAGCCGCUACAAGGCUUGCGGAAAAAUUGAAAAGACAAAACAUUGGAGGGUAUCAUGAUAUAGAUGAUGAGUCACAAUCAAAUGAAUCUUUUUCACAUGAAGAGACGAGGGAAGAUACUGAAGAAACAUAUGGGAAUGAAGAUUAUGACCAGGCAUCUGAGACCCAGCCAGAUAAGAUCAAACAACAGGAUAGAAUUGAUGAACCCAAGAAAUUCCGUGGUAUCCCUGAGGAUGUUAAACUCUUUGAAGUUUUUUGGGGACAAAUUGUUGAUUUGGUUAAGGCUCGUCCGGACUUAUCGAUUCAAGAUAUCACUGCCUUGUUGGUAUCUUUAGUUAAUUUAUCAUUGAGUUGCUACCCUGACAAGAUUGAAUAUGUUGACCAAGUCAUUGAAUUCGCCAAGCAGAAAGUUUUAGACUUCCACGAUAGUCCCGAUCUUCAUAGUUCUAUCACAGCUUCAAAUUUACUUAACCUUCUAUUAGCUCCAAUAAAAUCAUACACCACAUCUCUUACUCUACUUGCUUUACCUAAUUACGCUGCUCUUCUGGCAGUUCAGCCUUUCCAAACACGUCGUUCGGUUGCUCAAGCAAUUGUCGCUUCUAUUCUAAAAAAUGAGACCAUUAUUGAAACGCCUGAAGAAGUUAGUGGAAUUUUAGACCUUUGUAACGUUCUCAUUCGUGACCAAAAGGACGCGACACUUUCAAGUCCAUUCAGUGGUCUUACAAGUGGAAGAAGUACAAGGUCAAAUGGUGUUCCACCAAUUAUGGAUCCUGAAGAAUUUGCAGAGGAACAAGGAUGGCUUGCAAGAAUUAUUCACUUAUUCAAGAGUAGUGAUCCUGAUAACCAAUUUUUGCUCCUUUCAACUGCUCGUAAACAAUUCAACGAAGGUGGCGAAAGGAUACGAUACACAUUUCCUCCCCUUAUUGUAUCUGCAGUGAAGUUGGCAAGGAGGUACCGGAAUCUUGAAGAUCAAGCAAAUGGAUGGGAUAAGAAAACCUCAACUCUUUUCAAAUUUAUUCAUCAAGUUAUAUCAAUUCUGCAUAUGAAAGUUGAAUGUUCAGAUAUAUGCUUACGAUUGUUUCUCCUAGCGGGACAAAGUGCAGACGAGUGUGGUUUCGAAGAAAUUUGCUACGAAUUUUUCGUACAAGCAUUCACCAUUUAUGAAGAAUUCAUUUCCGAGUCACGUGCCCAGUUCCAAGCCAUCACACUUAUUAUUGGUACUUUACAUACCACUCGUGUAUUUGGUAAAGAGAAUUACGAUACUCUGAUUACCAAAUGUGCUUUGCAUGGUAGUAAAUUGUUGAAAAAACCUGAUCAAUGUCGAGCAGUGUAUCUAUCUAGUCAUUUAUGGUGGGCCACUGAGAUGGAAGGGAGAAGAAUUAAACCGGCGGAGGAAUUAUUUCGAGAUGGUAAGAGGGUUCUUGAAUGCUUACAGAAAGCACUCAAAAUCGCAGAUUCUUGUAUGGACUCGGUUACGAAUGUAGAAUUGUUCGUGGAAAUUUUGAAUAGAUAUAUAUAUUACUUUGAAAGAAAGAACGAAGCCGUUAAUGUGAAAUAUCUUAACGGGUUGAUAGAUUUAAUCAAUACAAAUCUAACAAACAUGGAUAACCCAGAUCAACACCCCCCAACAUCUGCCUCUUCAGCACUUGUUGAACCGGAAGGCAAUGUUUCCGAAUUUGUUGUUAGGCAUUUCAAAUCUACGUUGUUACAUCUUAAUACACGCAAAGAUGCUGUACUCGCAGCUAAAGUUCAAGGAGACAUGUAUCAACAAGAUUAUGACGAAAUUGAUACUAGUAUUACGUUUGGAAGAUAA